AUGCCACUGGAAUCAUCAUCAUCUAUACCACUAUCCUCUUCACCCUUGCCCUUGGUGCCAGAGAAUAUUAUUAACUCUUCCCCUCCCCCAAUGUCUUACAUCACAUCCCAGGAGAUGAAAUGUAUUCUGCACUGGUUUGCAAGUUGGUCAGGUCCCCAGCGUGAACGUUUCCUACAGGACCUGGUAACUAAGGCAGUCCCAGGAAAAUUACAGCCACUACUGGAUGGUCUGGAACAGCUUAGUAUGUCUGGAGCAAACCGACCGCCUUGUAUCUUUGAAUGCCAGCUACGUCUUUGGGAUCAGUGGUUUCGAGGUUGGGCUGAGCAGGAGCGCAAUGAAUUUAUCAGGCAGCUGGAGGUCAGUGAGCCAGACUUCGUGGCAAAGUUUUACCAAGCUGUAGCUGCUACAGCAGGUAAGGACUAA